AUGGCCCAGCUGGUGAGAACACAGCUGCUGUUCCUUCUGGUGGGGGUCACCGCAGUAUGGGCAGCCCGGCCCAGGACUGAGCUUCUCAGUGUCUGUAUGGACGCCAAGCACCACAAGGAAAAGCCAAGCCCGGAGGACCAGCUGCAUAAGCAGUGCAGCCCCUGGAAGAAGAAUUCCUGCUGCUUCCCCAACACCAGCCAGGAAGCCCAUAAGGAUAUUUCCUACCUGUACAAAUUCAACUGGGACCAUUGCGGACAUAUGACACCUGCCUGCAAAAGGCACUUCAUCCAGGACACCUGCCUGUAUGAGUGCUCCCCUAACCUGGGGCCCUGGAUCCAGGAGGUGAACCAGAGCUGGCGCAAGGAGCGCAUCCUGGACGUGCCCCUGUGCAAAGAGGACUGCCAGCAAUGGUGGCAGGACUGUCGCACCUCCUACACCUGCAAGAGCAACUGGCACAGGGGCUGGAACUGGACCUCAGGCUAUAACCAGUGCCCAGUGGGAGCCGCCUGCCUUCCCUUCCAUUUCUACUUCCCCACAUCGGCUGCUCUGUGCCGUGAAAUCUGGAGUCACUCCUACAAACUCAGCAACUACAGCCGAGGGAGCGGCCGCUGCAUCCAGAUGUGGUUCGACCCGGCCCAGGGCAACCCCAACGAGGAGGUGGCGAGGUUCUAUGCCCUGGCCAUGAGUGCCGGGGCCCUGCCCCGAGGGCUGGAGCCUCUCCUGCUCAGCCUGGCCCUGAUGCAGCAACUCUGGCUGCUCGGCUGA